UUUGACUAAAAACUCCGUCAUCGAAGCCUUAAUGAUUCUGAAACAACAGAAAACUUUAAAGUAGCUUUACUAGUUUAAUUCAGUCUAAGCAUCACCUCCAGCCUCGGUAUGUAAAACCUUCUAUUCUGAAGUGAGAAGAAGUUCGGGACAGCAAAGUUUGGACGUGUCCUGUUAACGUUGGUCUGCUUGGAAGUUAAACCAAACUCUUAACGAUGCAUAUGCUGGCGUCAAACGGAUCCAUCAUGGACCUGAACUCCGAGUGGGUGAAAGUUAAAGCUCACUACCGUGGGUUGAUGUUGAUCACUGACUUGGCUGCCACGGUAAGCUUCGUGGAGCUGUGUGAGGAAGUGAGAACAAUGUGCAGCGUUGCUAAGCAACAGCCCAUCACACUCAAGUGGAUCGAUGAUGAAGGAGACCCUUGCACUAUUUCCUCUCAGAUGGAGCUGGAGGAGGCUCUUAGGAUUUACAGCAGAAGCAAGACAUCUGGACUGCUGCUGCAUGUUUUCCCCAGCGCUCCAGAGCAGCCAGGCAUGCCCUGCCCUGGAGAAGACAAAUCAGUCUACCGCCGCGGGGCCAGAAGAUGGAGGAAGCUCUACCGAGUGAACGGACACCUUUUCCAGGCCAAAAGCUUUAACAGGAAAGCCUACUGUGGCCACUGUAGCGAAAGGAUAUGGGGGCUGGGCGGGCAGGGCUACAAGUGUAUCAGCUGCAAACUGUUGGUCCAUAAGCGCUGUCACAGACUCCUCCCUCUGACCUGCCAAAGGCUUAUGGAUCCAGUCAUGCCAUCACAGGAACCCCCUGCAGACGCCAAGAGAGAGGAGGUGGACGUCCCACCGGACGACACGGAGGACACGGACGGGAUAUCCUUUCUGCCACACAACUGUGCAGUGGAUAAAAGGGGAGACGCGGAGACGGAGGACUCUGACCUCAAUCCCCUGCAGGACAUCAAGGCUGUAGUGGACGGCAUCGAUGGCAUUAAGUUGUCCCAAGGCACCACUCUGGGUCUGGGUGACUUUGAGCUGAUCCGGGUGAUUGGGCGAGGUAGCUACGCCAAAGUGCUGCUGGUCCGGCUAAAGAAGAAUGAGCAGGUGUUUGCCAUGAAAGUGGUGAAGAAGGAGCUGGUCCACGAUGACGAGGAUAUCGACUGGGUGCAGACAGAGAAGCAUGUGUUUGAGCAGGCGUCUACAAAUCCAUUCUUAGUCGGCCUCCACUCCUGUUUCCAGACAGAAAGUCGGUUAUUUCUGGUGAUCGAAUAUGUGAAUGGUGGGGAUCUGAUGUUUCAUAUGCAACGGCAGCGGAAACUCCCAGAGGACCAUGCCAGAUUUUAUGCUGCUGAAAUCUGCAUCGCUCUGAACUUCCUUCAUGAGAAGGGGAUUAUUUACCGAGAUCUAAAACUUGACAACGUUCUGUUGGACCACGAAGGACACAUCAAGCUUACGGACUACGGCAUGUGCAAGGAGGGCAUCAGACCAGGGGACACCACCAGCACUUUCUGUGGGACCCCCAACUACAUUGCACCGGAGAUCCUGAGAGGAGAGGACUAUGGCUUCAGUGUAGACUGGUGGGCUCUGGGUGUGCUGAUGUUCGAGAUGAUGGCCGGAAGGUCUCCGUUUGAUAUUAUUACUGACAAUCCUGACAUGAACACAGAGGAAUACCUCUUCCAAGUUAUCCUCGAGAAGCCCAUUCGCAUCCCGAGGUCUCUGUCAGUGAAAGCUGCCAGCGUGCUGAAGGGCUUUCUAAACAAGGAUCCCAAGGAGCGCCUGGGUUGCCAGGUCCAAACAGGCUUCACAGAUAUCAAGUCACACACGUUUUUCCGCAAUAUAGACUGGGACCAGCUGGAAAAGAAGGAGAUGACGGCGCCCUUCAAACCUCAAAUCUCUGAUGAGUACGGCCUGGAAAAUUUUGACACGCAGUUUACCAACGAACCAGUGCAGCUAACACCAGACGACGAGGACGUCAUCAAGAGAAUAGACCAGUCAGAGUUUGAGGGAUUUGAAUACAUCAACCCCCUGCUGCUAUCCACAGAGGAGUCUGUAUGAAGGAGAGAGCAGCUUCCUCUGUCGCCCACCUUCUGUCUGUCCAAGCUGCUGUCUUAGCCAAAAAUAAAACCAACACAAGCCAACAGUGGAAGGCGAGGAGGAGGACGAUGAACUCGCUGCACCGGUCAUGAAGGCGACACGGGCGGCGAGGGGCGGGGGGACUUUCUCCAGAAGUCCAGGAGAGUUUCCUUCCUGGACUUUUGGAUUGUUUUGUGGAGUGGCAGACUCUGCUGUCUGUGUAGUUUGUAAGUGGAAAACAAACCGUGGACUCCGGGAACAUUCCCUACCCUUCUGUUCUCCUCUCCUUUUCUUUUUUCAGCUUAUUUCCAUCCUUGAGUCAAAGCAUGACCGGCUUUGUAAUUUCAGAGCAGAAGUGUGUCAUUCUGUGCCUGCCAUCGUGAAGACAUUUCAACCCGUCCCAGGAUGAAGACCAGAGUUCUGUCCGAGAGCUUCAGAUGACUUUAGGUGCACCCGGUCCUCAUUUCUGUUUUCCUAUCUCGUAGACGAGGCCACGCCUCGGACCAAGCAAGAAUGUACAAUGACGACGUAAAGAAUUGGGUUAUUGCGUGUUACGACGUAGGUAACAAAUCCAAAAUUGAUGAUGCCUUUUGUUGAUGCGACUGGCACAUUCUCAUUCUCAACCGCAAAAUGCUCUCUCUCUUUUUUAAUCUUCUCUGAUUGUCUCUAACUAAACAUGGGACUCUGUCUGAGAGAGUAGUUUUUAUUUAAAAAGUGCCUCAAAGAUCAAAUGAGUUCUGUCUCUGAUUGCUCCUCCUGGACAUUCUCUGCCCACCGGCUCCAGCCGAUCAGUCCAAUUCUCCUGUUUUCAGUAUUAAAACCUCUCAGCGAUUAUUGUCUAUAAGUUUGCUUGAGCAGAAUCGGGACACAGUGAGAGCUUGUUGAGUCUUCAAUGUCUGAACAGAGGCCAUCCCCAGCAUCCCACUUCCUGCUGGACUGAAGCAUCCGCACUCGUCUGGUUCUAACUUCCAGAGUGAGACGCCAUGCGUCUCCGUCUCCAAACCAAGGUUGGCUUUGCUGGAUGUAGUUUCAGCUCAGAGCCUCAUGUAGCUGGGCUUUGGAUCCACAGUGGACCAUAGAAAACCAGCAGAAGGUUUCUAGAGAUGAACUUCUGACGGUUUAACCUUGUUGCGUUAGCCGAUAGCUGUUUGGUAUCAGCCAGACAGUUUGAAUUCACAGGUCUCGUUCACCAAACUGGGUAGAAUUAAACGAACGAUGACCUAAGCUGUUACCAGAAGGUUCUGAUUGGAUGGAGCAGGAGAUGGAUGGGUGGAGCCUGCAGUGCUCCCGCCGCUGCUCCGAUCUGUUGUGGUGAAGAAAGGCUGAGCCAGAACCUACCAUACCCAGCUUCACGCUCUGCCCCGACUCUCGCCACCGUUAGGAGAGACAGAUCAUGACCAGAAUCACAAGAUGCCGGAUCUGAGCUUCCCCUGCAGGCUGGCUGGGUUCUGCCUUACAGACUGCAUCAGCGGUUCUGUCACCCGGAUGACUUAAACUGACCAGAACUGGUUGUGGACGUAGAAAUGAAACGUCUGGAAAUGUGACAGGCUCACUGUGUUCAGUUCCAGAGUCUAUAUCCUCUGUCUGCAUCUGGACCCGAGCUGAUCCCUGAAGCUUAGAACCUGUUGAGCCCUGGAUGAACGAAGUCAGCUUUCCUGAACAUUGAGACCGUAUUGAUAGAUCAGCCUCACUCUGCUCUUCUCUUUGACCUAAACCUUUCACACUCUUCUCAAGAUCGGACCUCUAACUCCACCGGCUGUGUGCGGAGUCAGGAGGAAGAUAAAACGGAUAACUACGUGGCGUUCUGCUGGACACUAGAGGAGAGAAUUGGGAAGGUAAACCAAGGCCCAGCUUGGUUGGAUCAUCUGCAUGAGCCGUCUCUUCAACCUUUGAUUCCUGUGUGAUGUAAAUGCAUCAGUCUGUGCAACAGGCCUUUGGUUUCUUGUGAAGGUCCUUCUGCCUGAGUCCAAUGCUCAGAAGGUUUCUAGUUAAAGCAGGGAUCGCACCAUUGAUCUAGUUGGACAGGGGUGCUGCUGCUGGAAGACGUGUCGGUUCUACACCGAGCCAUCCUCAGUCCAGAGCCCAGCCUCCUCAUGCAGCUCAGCCGCGGCGCUCACUUUGCUGUUUGAAGGUAAUCCGGGUUCUAGCUGAUCCACUUACUGCCACUCACACAGCUGACAUUUCUGGAAGCAGGAGCUUUGAGCUGGGAUCACAACAUUGACAAUAUGUCACAUUUUCAGGUUCAGAUGUUUUGUUUUCCUCGCGUUGCAAGUAUUUCCUUUGAACAUAAAAAGCGCAGACUGCUACCUUGAGACGGAUAAUGAAUGAUUCUUCUGUUGAAGAAAAACAACUGGAGUGGCUAAUGCAUUUAGUACAUUUUUAUACAUGAUCUACUGAGUUGGGCAUUUAAGUUUGAGCUUUUUUUUUUUUUUUUUAAUACAGAAAAGUCUGGAAACACCCAGGUUCUUCCAUCGUCUUUCGCCAGACUUCUCCUGGAGCAGUACUGUUGUGUUCAGGAACCCCGUAAUGAUCUGUGAAUAUCAGCUCUGAGGAUGGAGGUCGAUCUCCUCGGGGGGGUUAGAGGAGCUCUCUGUGGGCCAGGAAUUACGAGAUGAACUGUGACCUGUGCUAAUUUGAUAAUGACAUAAUAGGAUUAAUUAGCUCGCCUUGACUCCGAAUCUUAAUAAUCUGCAGGGUGGGAUCGGAUAGAUAGCGAAGUGCUUCGGUUUCCACCAACAUGCUGGUGGAGAUCAGAGGAAGCCUCCCCGAUAAACUCCACCCGUUUCGCUGCAUGUUCUAAACGAUUUUGUUGAGCUUUUUGUACAUCAGAUAACAUGUUUUCUGAGGGACCAAUGGAUGAACUGGAAGUCCUUGAAUCCAAACGUCAGAACACUUUAAAGAAUGACUGAAAAAUGAAUGAAAUAAGACCACGAUUUUUAUUAAAUAUAAUGCUGGGUCAAUCUGCUUACCGUUGCUUCACCACAUCCUUGUAAAUAUGUGUAAUUAUUAAAAUGAUACUGGUUUUCCGUGA